AUGACUGUUGACAAAAAGCACUAUCUUUUCCAAGCUAAAGUUUCCGACAGACAACUGGAGUGUGUUGGCACGGCUAGAGACGGCCAAUGGCUGGUCCUUCAGAACCCCGAAACGGGAGACAAAAAGGAGAUCUACGAUGCCGUUUCUGGAGCUGCCGUGUGUUCUCUGAAGCACGGCGACACAGAAAUCCUGUCCCAAAUGAACGACUUUGCCAAACAGUCUGCGUACACUUUCUGCACAGCCUUCUCCAACACGGCUGCAGAGGACCUUGCGGAGUUUAUGUGUUCUAAGUCCGAGGGCUGCUUCAGCUCGGCGAUGUUUGUUUGUUCCGGGUCGGAGGCCAACGAGCAGGCGAUGAGAUACGCUGUUCAGUACCAUAUCGAGAAGGGCGAUAAGGAGAGAUACAAAUUCAUCUCCAGAACCAACGCCUACCAUGGCUACCUUGUUGGCGCUCUUUCCAUUGGAGACAACCCAAUGAAGCCGCUGCUCAAGAAAAUGCUGCUCUCUGACGACCAGGUUCCUAAGAUUUCGCGGCUCAUGCCGUACAGAGACAUGAAACCCGGCAUGUCGGAGGAAGAGUACUGCAAGAUGUUGCUGGACAACCUGGAGCAGACUUUUGUUGACAACGGGCCGGAGAAGGUUGCCGGUGUGUUUAUGGAGACCGUGAGCGGCUCCUCGAUCGGCAACAGCGUUCCGCCAAAGGGCUACCUGGACGGAGCCAAGGCCAUGUGCGAAAAGUACGGAGCUCUGCUGAUUUUGGACGAAGUCAUGUGCGGUUUGGGCAGAUGUGGCUACCCGUACACUUUCAUGGACCCCGAGUACGGGCUUACCACGGGCGGUCCCGACCUGCUGACGUUUGGAAAAACUGUCGGCGCGGGAAUUGUGCCAUUGUCCGGCGUCAUGGUGUCGCCCAAAAUUGUCAAUGCCAUCAAGGAGGGAUCCGGCAUGGUCAUGGGCUACCAAACCUACCACUCGCACUAUCUGAACUGUAUUGUCGGUCUGGCUGUGCAGAAAAAGAUCUACAGAGACAAUUUGAUUGACAAUGUCAGAGAAGUCGGUCUGUACACCAAGGCAGCGCUCAAGGCAGCGCUCAAGGACUGCAAGGUGGCCGGCGACGUGAGAGGUGCCGGAAACUUCAUUUCUGUGGAGCUCGUCAAGGACAAGGCCACCAAGGAGUCGUUCCCAUUUGAAUACAACAUGGCCAAAGUGCUGCAGGAGAAGACUUUCGCCCGGUCGGCGCACUUUAUGUGCAUCAACGGGUGCAAUGGCUACGAGUACGUCGACGGCAAGGUUGUGCAGCACGGCACACAUAUCACGAUGGCGCCGGCAUUUGGCUAUUCCAAGGAGGACGCCGACUUCAUUGUCAAGGUGCUUGCCGAAACAUUCUUCGAGAUUGAGAAAGAGUAUUUAUAG